UUUGGUUGGCCACUGAGAGUAUACAUUAUGUAACAGGAAGUUGCUGAAGAGCGCUUAAAAGGCAGGCAGCAUGAAUUUAGACAGCAAAAUCUCAGUGCACUCAUGGAGUACACACUGGCUAUCAUACUGCUCUUCUUCUUAGCAGGACCAUGUUUGUCCUUGCAUGGACAGAUUUCAUCUCACUCAAAUGUUGGAGCAGGAAAACAAAGAAGAAGCUACUCUGAUGGCAUUGAAGAAAACACUCCAAUUGCAAUGGAUAGGAUCAUAGAUGUAAAUGACUAUCAAGGUGUCAUUUCUGUGGAUGGCACUAACCUUAGAGAAGGAGAUAUUGCUGUGUCCGGUAGGAGCCAGAAGAACUGUUUUGCCAGGAGCUGCCUGUGGACUAAAUCUGUGGAUGGAAAAGUGUACAUUGCAUAUUCACUCUCUCAUGCAUACAGCGAGGAAGACGUAAAGAGCAUUAAGAAAGGCAUGAAGCUCAUUGAACAGGACACUUGUGUGCGCUUUGUGCCUAGAACUCACCAGAGGGACUACUUGGAUAUUCAGCCCAAAACUGGGUGCUGGUCAUAUCUUGGAGCACGUGGUGGUCGACAAACCAUUUCCCUCCAGACGCCCGACUGCACCGGGUCGGGGGUCACGGUCCACGAGCUAAUGCACGCCCUGGGUUUUGUUCAUGAGCAAUCCCGAGCUGACCGGGACAAGUAUGUCACCAUCAUGUGGUCCAAUAUAUGGAAAGACCGGCUGAGAAAUUUUGAAAAGUUUAAAACAAACAACCUGGACACCCCCUACGACUACGGCUCUAUCAUGCACUUUGGAAAAUAUGCCUUCUCUGAGGACGGAGAACCUACUAUUGUACCAAAAAGGAACUGGAAUGUGAAGAUUGGACAGAGAUUUGGACCCAGCGACUUGGAUAUAAUGAAGAUUAAUAGAAUGUAUAAAUGUAAUAUGUAAUAAAAUCCAUGUAGAGUAAUGAAUGAUCCAUCACAUGACUAAAAAUCUGACAUUAUUAAUGCAUGAAUGCCAUUACUGCUUUUAACAUUUUAACAUCAUAUCAGGAAUUGUGAAGAUAAUUGCUAAUUAAAUAUAAUAUUUAUUAAGAAUAUUUUUUGUAACCUGCUGUUUCAGUUAUAUCCGUCCACCUUAUUAUUCAACACAGAAGAAUAACUUCCGGUUGAUUUGCCGCAAUAGGGAAAUAAUAAUAAGAAUAACAAUGUGCACUAAAUGGUAAAACUGUUUGUACUACAAAUCAAGGUGUUUAUAAUUAAGAUAAUGCAUUAAAAUAAUAUGGUAAGACACACUUUGCAAUAUCAAGCAGCAAAAACAUAAGGUGGAUAUUCUUUCUUAUUCUCAUUUUGACGUCUUGAUGCCUUAUAUAAACAAAUUACAUCAAUAAACUUGUUCAUAAAUA